AUGGCGUUAGCGAAUAACUUGACCGCGAUACUGAACUUACUUGCGUUACUAUGCUCGAUACCUAUAACGGUGUCAGGGAUAUGGCUUGCCUCAAAGCCUGACAACGAGUGUGUCAAUCUCCUCCGUUGGCCUGUUGUCGUCCUCGGCGUUCUCAUCCUCGUCGUCUCCGCUUGCGGCUUCAUCGGCGCAUACCAUCACAAGGAGACUCUUCUGGCUGUUUACUUGUGCUGUAUGGCGAUACUGAUCGGACUUUUGCUGGUGGUUCUGAUAUUCGCUUUCGUGGUGACCCGACCCGACGGGUCGUAUCAAGUUCCGGGUCGAGGUUACAAAGAGUACAGGCUUGAAGGGUUCUCGAAUUGGCUGAGAGAGAACGUUGUGGAUUCAAAGAACUGGGGGAAUAUAAGGGCUUGUUUGGCUGAUACAAACGUUUGUCCUAAGCUCAGCCAACAGUUCAUCACCGCUGAUCAGUUCUUCUCUUCCUCUUCCAUCACUCCUCUCCAGGCAUGUUCUCUCUCUCUCUCCGGUUGCUGUAAACCACCGACCGCGUGUGGCUACAACUUCGUGAACCCGACACUGUGGCUAAACCCAAUCAACAUGGCUGUAGACGCAGACUGCUAUCUAUGGAGCAACGACCAAAGCCAGCUUUGCUACAAUUGCAACGCAUGCAAAGCUGGUCUUUUGGAAAACCUUAGAUUGGAUUGGCGUAAAGCAAAUCUCAUACUUAUCAUCACUGUCGUUGUUCUCAUUUGGGUCUAUGUUAUUGCAUGUAGUGCGUUUAGGAAUGCUCAGACUAAGGAUCUCUUCCGCAAAUAAAACAGGGUUGGGUUUUUAAGUGUGCAUGUAUAGAUUUGAUUGGAGUAUUCGAAAAUAUCUUGUGAUAUUAUUACUGUAUGUUUCAAAAACGCUUUUCUCAUGGACUUUUUCUAUGUUUAUGUUAGAUUGCUUGUGAAGAAAGAAAAAAUAUCUGAACCAAUUUAUACGGUCAUAAAACCC